AGGGUAUGAAUACUUAUAUAAAUAAGGUAUUUCUGAUGUUUUUUUAAUACAUUUGCAAAACAUAUAUAAAAACCUGUUUUCACUUUGUCAUUUUGGGGUAUUGUGUGUAAAUUGAUGAGGGGGAAUAAAAUACAAUUUUCGAAUAACGCUGUAAAGUAACAAUGUGGAAAAAGUCAAGGAGUCUGAAUACUUUCCGAAUGCACUUUAGAUCCAUGGGAAAGUAACUUGGGAUGUUCUAUAGGUGCAGGCAUGGAUAGACAUGAUCAGGUGGUGGUUUACCCGAAUAUGGCUCAAAAUUGUCUAAGGAAAAAGGCCUCUCCUCAAUUCCUCUGCUUGGAGCCCAAGAGCCAACCAUAGUCGAUCCCCCAAAAAAUCUUCCUCAUUCCAAAGGCGUGGGAAAUGGGAUUCUGACACGCUCUCAACAAAAAUAAAUGAUUACAUCCUCCCUGGGGAAAUGCAAUUUGAUGGACUGUAUUUCCUUGGCAUAACUUUGACUACUGACCUGAAAUGGGUGGGGUUUGAACAGGUGCACUGUAUAAAAACGACUGGUAACGGCUUAAAGACCAGUAGUGGUGGAUGGCAAAAGUCAUUCAAAAUGGGCAACUGGAUCAUUAAUCAUGGACUGACAUACUUCAUACUGGUGGUCUGGAUGGCCAUCAACAUAUUCAUUUUCGUCUGGUUCUACUUCUUGUACGACUUGGGGGAUCGGUUUUUAGGGUCUGCAUUGGCCUGGGCCAGAGCCCCUGCAGCCGUCCUCAACUUCAACUGCCUGCUGAUUCUGCUGCCUGUGUUUCGGAACCUGCUGUCUCUUGUCCGCGGCUCCUUCGUGUGCUGUGGGCGAACUAUGAGGAAACAGCUGGACAAAAAUAUCAUUUUCCACAAGCUGGUGGCCUACAUGAUUGGCCUGAUGCCAGCGGUUCACAUCAUUGCCCAUUUGCUGAACGUGGAGUGGUACUACAACAGCUGGCAUGGAGAGUAUGAUGCCCUCAGCAUGGCCCUGUCCAGACUUAACGACUCGGGCAACACCACCUACCUGAACCCAAUCUGCUCUACAACCACUACUCCGAACCUCCUGGUGUUCACCACCAUCGCUGGGAUCAUGGGCGUAAUCAUCACGCUGGCACUCAUCCUUAUGAUCACUUCGUCCAUGGAGGUCAUCAGGCGCAGCUACUUCGAGGUCUUCUAGUUCACACACCACCUCUUCAUUGUCUUCUUUGCUGGGCUGGUCAUCCAUGGAGCCGGACUCAUAGUUCGAGGUCAAACAAACGUCAAUCCACCAUAUAAUAUCACCUUCUGUAAAGAUCAUAUAGAAGACUGGGGGAAGAAAAAGAUGUGUCCCGUCCCUCAGUUUGCAGGGGGGUUCCCACAGACCUGGAUGUGGGUGAUCGGUCCCAUGGUCCUUGUGUGUGAGACCUUGCUGCGCUUCAUCCGCUACAUUCAGGCUGUCAAAUACAGAAAGGAUGUGUUUGACUACAAAGUCGCCAUGCUGGUUGGCGCUGGAAUCGCAGUCACCCCCUUCGCCUCCAUCCUCAAGUCCAUCUGGGAGACGCAUGCAUUCGAGUGGUUGCAGGUGCUGGAGAGGGAGAUGGAGGAGAGAGGCAUGGGAGACUUCCUCACCUACAAACUCUACCUCACUGGAUGGGAUCAGAGCCAUGCAACUCAUGUGAUGGUUCAUGCGGAUGCGGACACGGAUGUGGUCACUGGUCUGAAGCAGAAAACCAACUACGGCAGGCCGAACUGGGAUAAGGAGUUUGAACAAGUGUGCCAAGAGAAUCCGACGUCAGUGGUGGGCACAUUCUUGUGUGGCCCUGUGGUCUUAGCUACCGUCUUGUCAAAGAAAUGUGUCAAAUAAACAGACGUCGAUCCCUGAAAGACCAAAUUCUACUUCAACAAGGAGACUUCUGAGCAAAACAAUGUCUAAUUUGCCCACCAACCAAAGCUGGCUCUUUGGUCUUCCAAAAUGUUUGCAAAUAGUUGUUUUUAAAACUAUUAAUCUGGGAGCUUCUUGAGUGGUGCAGCGGUACUUCCUUGUUCCAUCGCACUCUAGCGACUCCUUGUGGUGGGCCGGGCGCCUGCAAGCUGACUUCGGUCGCCAAGCCCGACAGUGUUUCCUCCUACACAUUGUUGCGGCUGACUUCCGGGUUAAGCAAGCAGUGCGACUUGGCAGGGUCAUGUUUCGGAGGAUGCGUGGCUUUUGACUUUACCUCUCCUGAGUCCGUAGGAGAGUUGCAGCGAUGGGACAAGACUAUAACCAAAUGGAUAUCAAGAAAUUGAGGGGGGGGAAUAUUUUUUACAAGAAUCUGAACAUGACAGAUGCUGUAGAGUAUAUCAGCCCUUAAUACCUUUUUGGAUUCUGCUUCCUCCACAGAAAACUGACAAGCCUUGCACAUUUAGCCAAAUGUGCACAAAAUUAGAGAAAUAAGCUUUUUGUGCAUAUGAAACAUUUCAACUCAAACAUGCAACCAACACUUUAAAUGUUUUAUUCAGUGUAGAAUAAACAAUCAACAAUGGCUCUUCAAUCUGAACAUGACACUGAGGCCUUUGAGUGUCACGCUUUCAAGGUGUAGCUACAGAGAAGGAAAUGAUAGCAAUAUUUUUACAAAAGCCCUAUUGUAUAU